GCAAGUGAGCGUGUGCAGCUCCUCCAUACCCAGAACACCAGUUUGAUCAAUACCAAGAAGAAGCUGGAAACAGAUAUUUCCCAAAUCCAAAGUGAAAUGGAAGAAACAGUCCAGGAAGCCCACAACGCUGAAGAGAAGGCCAAAAAGGCCAUCACAGAUGCAGCCAUGAUGGCAGAAGAGCUGAAGAAGGAGCAGGACACCAGCGCCCACCUGGAGAGGAUGAAGAAGAACCUCGACCAGACAGUGAAGGACCUGCAGCACCGUCUGGAUGAGGCUGAGCAGUUGGCGCUGAAGGGAGGCAAGAAGCAAAUCCAGAAGCUGGAGGCCAGAGUGCGGGAGCUGGAAGGGGAGGUUGAUGCGGAGCAGAAGCGCAGCGCUGAAGCCGUGAAGGGUAUGCGCAAGUACGAGAGGAGGGUGAAGGAGCUGACCUACCAGUCUGAGGAAGAUCAAAGGCUCCAAGAUCUAGUGGACAAGCUGCAAAUGAAAGUGAAGUCCUACAAGAGACAAGCUGAGGAGGCUGAGGAGCUGUCCAAUGUCAACCUCUCCAAAUUCCGCAAGAUUCAGCACGAGCUGGAAGAAGCUGAGGAGCGGGCUGACGUUGCAGAGUCACAGGUUAACAAGCUCCGAGCAAAGAGCCGGGAGUUUCGAAAGAAGAUAGAAGAGGAGGAAUGA